AUGGCACGGGAUCCUCAAUGCGUGCGGGUCGCGGGUAAGGGUACCAGCGGGUCCGGGUACGGGACGCGUUUCGCCGUACCCGAGGACCGACUAUCGAAAACGCGCAUCGUCCACCGCGCUCUCAAAAUCGAAACCUGGGUCGCCGCGUACCCGUCGACGAGGCUCGGGAGGGUUUUCCUGAUGCACAGUGAAUACAACAAUGCUCACGAGAACGGCCACGACGACCAGGAACCUCACGAGGCAGCGUCCGAUGUCGAUGACCAACCUGAUCGUGGACACGACAACGCAGAUGAAGACGCUGACAUGGAGGAUGGUCCCGAGGUCGAUUGGGAGGACCCAAAGACCAUGUAA